CUUCCUUCCCGAGUCUUACGACCUCUUCCGACGUAGGCCUGACCAACCCUUGCAGAUUCUGCGGCUGCACCUAUGCAAAGCUUGGGCGACUACAACGAACGGCGCGAUUCUCAUGAGGUGGAUCAAGGCCAACUGCGCAUUUGCCGCCACCGGCCCUUACUCCUCUCUCUAUAAGGACAUGGAUGGCUUUAUUGUGCGCUUUCAAUGUUAUCAGCAGCAGCUAGGCCUCGCAAUGGAGAUGCUCGUCGAUUGGGAAGCCGCGCAUCAUGUACCCCGAACUUGGGAAGCCAUUGUGAAUGCGAGGAACAACACUCCAUGGCGUCCCACACCAAGCAGCGCCACAUCAUCCAGCCGAUAUUCGCACUGUCCCUCUCCCUUCUUCAUCUACGCCGUCAAAGACAUCUUCGAGCUCAUCUCUCAUCUGCGCACGAAACCCUUGAUGGAGAUGCUGGGGGAUGUAGUGCCGGACUGGAGUAGCGGAUGCCACACGAGACCUGCCGAGGGUACCGUCAGAUUCUUCAAGGCCGGGACCCCUGUCUGUGUUGCGAGCAAUGUUCAACAAGGCAAGUGA